CGAGACGCGGAGCGGCUGGUUCGAACCGGCGGGAACCGGCCGCGGGACUGGGUCUCCCCGCGCCCCCCGGGGCCCCCCGAGUCCCCGCCCUCGGCCGCUGGGUGCGUCCCGGCGUCCCGUCCCCGCCUGCGGUGACCCAGAUGCGCACAGCUGCCAUCCGCCCGGGGAUCUGGGACUCUCAGCCCCGGGUCGGGGCCUUGGGGGGCGGGCGGGGAGUCUGGGGAGACCGACUUGGGGGCCCUGGGCCGGGAGGGGCUCCUGAACCGUCUUCGGUCCCUAAUUGACCCCCCGCCCCGGUUACGGCCUGGAUGGUUAGCUGUCAGCUCCCCGGACGCUGGUUUGAGGAGAAAAGAAAUGAUUCCUGGCCCCCGGGUUCUCCCGGUGGAGGGAGAGAACCAGCCCGCAGGACAAGGACCGCCCACCCGGGGAGGCGGCGCCCCAGCGCCAGAGCCAAACGCACUUGAGACCCGGCGGGGACAGGAGCCGGUGGCCUUUGUUCUGGGCGCUCCAGUGAGCGAUGGGCGAGGGUCCACGUGGGAGGACGGCCAUUUGUCUGUUGCAGUUCAGCACCGCCCCUCCCUGGGUUUGUCCCCUCGAAAAGCUGUGUUCGCUCAUUGAACCUCAGUUUUUCAGCCAAUGUAAAAACAGUUAAUUAAUAGAGUGGGGAAACAGAAGAUAAAAUAUUUCUAGAGGGACGAAUUUCAGGAAAAAUGUGUGUUACAGUCCGUUCAAGCAUGCAUUUUUAAAUGCCUCCCAUGGGGUAGUGAGUUUCUCAGGUCUAUUUCUUUGAUAACACAUGGAAUUCCAGGGUUUAGCCUUGAAAAUCCUCCUGGGGAAAAGGAUGUCAAAGAAAUAGAGAAACUCUCCCUUUCACUGUGGCUCUAGAGAAAUGAAGACGUUCCCACGAAGUGUGGCAGGUGAAUUGGUGAAUUAUAAAGAUUCACCAAGAUACCAGUUAUUUUCCUUGGCAGCGUGGGUACUCUGUGACAGUAGGUAAUACGGUUUGCUAUUAUCUGUAAUACACUUUGCUUUAACCCACAAUAAAUUGAUUAUUGUCCAUGGAAGCGGUGGGAGUACAGGCUUCUUUCUUAUUUAGACAAGAGUCUCUCGCCGUCCCGUCUAUUGAACUGCCUGUCAUUUCUGCCCCUGCUCUGCAGCGGCUGCCCUGUUGCGAUGAAGUUUCGUCCUACACGUGGGCCUGUUGCCCGGCUUUGUUCCUGUCUGGGAUCUAGUCGUCCAGUCCAGCUGUCCAUCAUGUCAGGAUCACAGCAACAGCGCCUGUUGCUUUAAAGUCCUUGCUGUGUGAUAGGCAAGCUCUCCCCGGCCCCGGUUCUUCAGAACAUUCUGGCUCUUUCGGACAUCUGUUCUUAUUAGGAAUGUAAAAUUAGUAUUUGUCCAGUCCGAAGAAACAUACCUGGUUUGGGAAUUCAGUGGAAUUUUUUGAAGAUCAGAGAUCUCUCUUGGGAGGGUUGCUGUCUUGGUAACGCCGAGUUCUUUUUAAGAACGUGUGCUGUCUUUCCUUUGAUUUCAUUUUGUUACCAUCCUUAGACUUUUUAAUUUUUCCGUUCACUUCUUUUUAUAGCCUUCAUUAGAAUUAUUUAGUACUAAUUUGGUUUUUACCAUGAUAUGUGUUAUCUUUUCAAGAUGAAUUUUCCCAACUUGCUGUCAUUUUUAAUUAGAAAGGUAAUGGAAUUUAUUUGUAUACUGCGUUUUUAUCCUGGAAUCUUGUUAACAAUCUUAUUCUGUGAUUAUCUUUGUGUUCUGUUGGUGUCCUACAGGUACAGUUGUUAGAGUUACGCACUAAGACGUGUGUUUUUCUUUUCCAUUUCUUGUACAUUUGUUUAUUUUUUGGUAGUUCUGGAUUGGCUCUCUAGGAUAAUGUGGACUAAGCGAGGUACUAGGCGUACUUCAUUUGUACGCAAUUGUUUUGGAGAAAACAGUGAACUUCAUGCCAUUUCUAUGUUUUUUGUUCUUUUUUGAGCAGCCUCGUAUCAGCGUUUGCUUAUCAGGUUGUGCACGUUACCUUCUCGUCCCCAGUGGUGAGUCUUUUCUGUGCGUGUGUUGAGAGUUAUAAAAUAGUUUUAGGCAGCACUUAAGAUGAGUACAGGUAAAUCAUAUUGAUUGAUUUUGGAGUUUUCUAUUGUAUAAUAUAACAUCAGUGCAGGAAAAUGCAUAUGCCAUAUGUACACUUGACAGAAAUACUAAAAAAUAAUCCUCUGUGAAAUGAAGUUGAGCCCUAAGUGUUGAAUAAGCUUUCACGCCAGACACCCCACUGGCAGUGAAUCCCCACGGCAGGCCCCCUUACUCUGCAGCAUGUUCAAUUCUGUGAAGAUAUAUGUGUGUGUGUGUGUAUAUAGUUAUGCCUAUAUGUAUAUUGUUAGCUGUGUAGACAUAUAUAUUUUUUUUAAGCAAUUUAGUUAUCAAUUUGCACUGUUGUCUCAAAUGGUUAUUUUCCUGUUUUCUUUUCCUCUGCCCUGCAGCCAGUCAUUCCUAUCUAUCUAUCAAUAUAGAUAAAUACGCACGCACGUGUGUAAAUAUGUCUGUCUCCUUCCUGAUCCCCUCACUGUGACACAUCUUCCUUAGGACUUUUAUUGGCUUCGCGUAUUUAUUGUUUUCCGCUGAAAGAGUUUCAGACCCACGUGUUCAGAGUUUUUGUUUUGUUCAGUCUGUAGCCCCAGUGCCUGUCAUCCUAGGACCUGUGUAGCCGGAAGCUGAAUAGAUUUAACGAGAUGGCAGAGAAAGAGGUGAGAUCCUUCUGGCGAGCGGUCUCUCGUGAGACGCAGGGCUUGGCGGGGAGAAGGAGCGUGAGCAUGUCAGAGUGGAGUCGGAGGUUCCUGGUGGCCACUCUCCAUCGUGCCCGGCAACCGUGAGCUUAUCUCAUCACACUGGGGAAUAAGUCACUACAGGUAACCAGCUGGAAGGUGGAUGUGGAAGAAGGGCAGGUGUCAGGAGUUGGCGUGACAUUACCGACUGUCUGCGUUCCUCUGCUGUGAACCAGUUUUGACGUCUGCUUUGCAGUUAUCAUUAGAAUAUUUGAGCUAAUGUGUAUGAAGCUCUCUGCAAAGUCUUUCUCAUGUAAUGGAUGCUCAGUGGCACAUUGUAAAAGUUAGCGUUGUACAGGGGGUUCAGCUGUGCGAUGGUUUCAGGAGGUGUGCUGGGGGUCCCUGUGUUCAUCGGCGGGGGCUGCUAAAGCAAAAAUCCUGGAGACAGGGGGGCUUCUAAACUGCAGAAGUUUAUGCCUCACCGUGCUGGAGGUUGGCGAGUCCAGGACCAGGCUGCCGGCAGAUUCGGUGUCUGGUGAGGCCGCUUCCUGGUCAGUAGACGCCGUCUUCUCGCCGUGUCCUCACAUGGGGGAAGGGACAGGGAGCUCUCCGGCGUCUCUGUUACAGUGACUCUAGUCCCAUCACGGGGGCUCUGCCCUCAUGACCUAGUGCCCUCCCACAGGCCCCAGCUCCUGAUACCAUCACGCUGGGGCUUAGGUGUGAACGUGAACUUUGGGGACACAACCGUCGGUCUGUAGCAGUCUCCAAGCCAACCCCCAGGUUCACGGAUUCACUGGGAGGACUCCCGGGUUCCGCCUGUGGUUGCAGUCACAGCUGUGACUACUAUAGUGCAAGAGUCGGGUGACGUUAGCAGAGGGGAGGGGGCCCUGGGACGAGUCCUGAGCAGACAGGAGCAGGAUUCCGAGGUCCCCUCCAGUGAAAUCACAUGGGACGCGCUUCAUUCCCCAGCAGCCAGCCGUGACAACACGUGAGAAGUGUUGUCUACCCGGGAGGCUGAUGAGAGACGCGGGUACCGGGGCUGGUUGUGUGGAUACCCUCUGCCUCAGCGAGCCGAGAUUCCAGCCUUCUGGAAGGAAAACCGCUCUUCUGCGUAAACCAGAUUAUUUGCCCAGAAAGGCAGAGGGAGCCACUGCUGUCAGGGGGUGGGAGCUCCCGGAGUCCAGGUUCCCCUGCGCCAGCUGAGGCAGCUUGCCGGCAGGCCUGUCUAAGGAGAGGACCCUCAGGCCUGCUCGGUGGACCCUUUCUGCACACUCAGGCCCUGGGCCCUUGGACAGGGCACCUUCACAGCAGGUUUAUUCUCAGUGGGACCCUGGGCAGUGGGGCGACACCAUCCUGCGGUACUGGGAUCCGUUCUGUCCUUUGGGGGUCCCGGACUUACCAGUUCAGGUAAACCCUGGUAGCCAGGGGGCUUCUCCCUCAAGCUUCUGUGUUCUCUGCUCUUUGGUUGUUUCUGUAUUCUUUUUGCCUGGCCGUAGUUCAUUCCCGCAGAGCACAGCCUGGGCCAGGAGCCUGCAGCUGAGCUGAGUGGCUUCCGGGGGUAAGGCCGUGUGGUGACAGGACGCACACCCGAGAAACGGAAUCGCACAGGGCACUUGUGGCCCCCGAGACCCAGUUUACAGUUGUGGGGGGCCCCCCAGCAGGACAGGCGUUAGACAGCCUGGCCAACAGGGCCCCCACUGGGGCCUCCUUGGGGCCCUCUGGUCUCAAAGUUCUCUGUGCAGUCCGAGUAGUUCUGUCCCGUCCUCAUGUCAGGACCGCAUGAGGCAGGCAGUUGCAGUUUUGUAAUCUGCGGUGCUAUUCGUCCACCUCCCCGGUGUGGCCGCCAUCCGGAGGCCAUCUGUGUGGAUAGUAACCAUUCCAGAAUGAGCAGCACGAUUGCAGAAGGUCCCAUCAGAACACCAGGCCUUCCUCAUGGGCAGCUGCACGUGACCUAGACGGGCCAGCAGCACCUGGGAAGGUUCCAGAGUUUAGGGCCUCACAGAGAAGUCUGUAAAUCUGCAGGGCCGGCAGGCCUCCGGGAUUAUGGGUUCAGUUCCUGACCAUGCAAUAAAGGGAGUCACACGAAUUUUUUGGCUUCCCACUGCAUAUAAGAGUUAUGCUUACACCAUACUGUUGUCUGUUAAAUGUGCGAUAGCAUUAUGUCUAAAAAAACAAUAUAUACACCUUAAUUAAAAAAUACUUUAUUGCUGCAAAAUGCUGACCAUCAUCUGAGUCUUCAGCGAGUUGUAAUUGUUUUGCUGGUGGAGGAUCUUGUAUGAAAUGCAGUAUCUGCAAAGUGCAGUAAAGUGCAGCAUGCCUGUGUCCCCUGAGUCGAGUCCUGUUGGUGGAGCUGAUGCCUGCUCAGGGCGGCAUGGUGCACACUGAGGCUGCAGCGGCCCCCUGGAUCGUGUCGGGUUUGAGCUUGCAGUCAAGUUCAGGUAGUUAGGAUCUGCGGACUCCGAAUUCUGGAAAAUGCUGGGGGCUUCCUCACAGCAGAAAGCUGAGACGCUGCUGUGUGCCACCUGUGGUAAGUUACCCUGCUGUCCUCUGUGCCCUUGAGUCCAGCUCUGAGGACCGCUUAGAUUGCUGGGCAGCUGGCGGCCUCGAGGUCAUCAGAAAUAGGCUUUCCUAAGAGCUCGUGAGCCAGCUGGAAACUUCUACCUAAAAUUCCAAGAGUAAAUCUCUAUUUAGAGCUUGCCUGUUUUUCCAUUUUGUUUCCUUCUUUUUUUGAACCUCCAGUGGGUAAACUUCAUAGUGAAAAAUUAUCAGAGGUGGAGAUGUAAUCUGGUUUUUUCUAAAGCUUAGAGUUUAAACUCCAGCCAUGUGCCGUGGCAGAAAGCAAGGAGGUCGUGUCUCGCAGACACUGUUUCUCUGUCCCGAUGGGGACGGUCCCUCUAGUAUUUAUCAGAUUACAAGCACGUGCCAUUUUGCAUCAGUUUUUAUGAUACAUGCUGGUGCAACAGCUGCAGAACAAAACCAUUUUAAGUAGAAAAACCCCUUCCCCUCUUUGUUCCUCACUGCAAAUUCACUCUCACCCUGGGAUCCGUUUCCUAGGGCUGCCGUAACCAAGGACCACAGUGCGAGUGGCUCACAAAUUCAUCCUCUCACCGUUCUGGAGGCUGGGAGCGGAAAUCAAGGUGUUGGCAGCGUCCCGCGCCCUCAGAGCCCUCGGGGGCUCUGGGACCCUUCCUUGUCUCUCAGCUUCGGGGAGCCCCAGGCCUUCCUGUGCUUGGGGCAGCAUAAUUCCAGUCUCUACCUCCCUCUUCACGUGGCCGUCUGGCCUGUGUGUCUCUGUCUCCACAUGGCGUUUUCCUCCUAUAAAGACACUUUUUCUCUGUACUUACUAGGGUGACCCCUCUAGCUUUUACCAAAUUACAAGCAUAUACCAAAUCCACUAUGCUUUGUUAGAGCCAGAUCGGCAGAGGGAAAAGGCGGCGGGGGAGAAAUCUGAAGGAAACCAGGUGUAUGCUUUCCGAGAGUCCCCUCCCAGGGGAGCCGCACAGGACGUCCCUGAUACCAGCAUCGAGUUGUGACAACAUGUAAAAUCAUCUGCCGGGAGCUCAUUAGAGACGCAGUGGCCAGCAUUUCAUUGACAGCGGAUCCUGUGAGCACCCGCUGCCUCGCAGGUGCCGGGACUCCAGACUCCUAGGAGGAACGCAGGUGCGGCAUUCACAGCGAGGCUGCACGUUCAGCGAGUCGCUUCAGUUAGGGCGGUGUGAAAGCUCCCGAAAUCCCAGUUCCCAGAGGCCAGCCUUCCAGUGCUCGUCUCUAAGGCUAAGUUAAGGCCUGCACGGUCAGCUCGUUUUCUGCCCGCUAGGUGAGGAGACUGUAUUAGAGGAAACACUACAGAUAACGGGACUGACAGCAGUUCAGCUGACUCGGGACGCUCCUGUCGUCCCUUUAGCAACAAUAGGGUUAUUCCUCUUCUGCUGCUUGUCGAAUAGGUAAAUGCUGGCACCAGAAUUGUGCAUGAGAGUAUUUGCUCUGUCCCUGCUCGUGGGUGUCAGUGCAUUGAUGGUCUUUUUAAAAGACCAGGGCUUAAGGGAGGCAUGCAGAUCAUAAGCUUAGGGGUUGGCCUGACAUGCUCACGUGCCCAACGGAGGAGGGACAUGCAGCUGAGAGACGCUGAGAGGGCAGCCUCCAGGAUGGUUUGUGGGGAAUCACUUUCUCCUGGAGUUUGAGAUGCGGAGUGUUUCCUUUGUAGGAAGGAACUGCCGAAUCCUUUAUGUAUUUUAUAAUCAAGCACAAAUUCACUGUUGGAUGUUCUUGUCUUCAGUUAACGCCUUAGCAAAGUUGGGCUCUUACCCUUAUCCUCAAAUUCAGCAAGAGUUCUCUUUGAUGGCUCUGGUGGAAGGGGCCAUUUUGGCAUCAUAUAACCUCACUCUGUAUGUGUGCGUGUGUGUGUCUGUGUGUGUCUGUGUGUGUGAGUGAGUGAGUGUGAGAGAGUCCUCAGAACUGGUGGGCAGCAGCACUCAGACUCAGGAGUGUGUGGAAUGUAUGGAGGCCUAGGUUCCCGUGUCUCUUUCCUCUUUCCUGAGCUCCAACUUCAUGAAGAUGCACAGAGAGGAAGAGUAGAAAUUAAGCCUGCGAUCACUAUUACACAAAUAAGGACUCAGUGGUCUUUGAGGACGUGGCUGUGGACUUCACCGUGGAGGAGUGGGCUCUGCUGGAUUCUGCUCAGAGAGAGCUCUACAGAGACGUGAUGCUGGAAAACUUCAGAAACCUGGCCUCAGUGGAUGAUGAAACUCAGUUUAAGGCCAAUGGGUCAGUUUCUCAGCAGGAUAAUUAUGGAAAUAAAAUAUCCAAGGAACAUAAAAUAGCAAAGUUCACCAGAAAUGAUUCCUGGGCCUCCAUCUUAGGAAAAAUUUGUGAAGAACUUAGCAUUGAAGAUCAGCGCACAAACCAGGGGAAACACCUGAGAAAUCUUGUGAUGGAGAGACUCUGUGAAAGUAAUGACCAGUGUGGGGAAGGCUUCAGUCAGACUCCAAAUCUUCAUCUUUACCAGAACACUCUUGCUGGAGUAAAACGGUACGAAUGUAGUGCAUAUGGAAAAGGCUUCGUGCAUCAUUCAUCCCUCAGGAGUCACAUCGCCAUUCACACUGGACACAAACCAUAUCAAUGUCAGGAAUGUGGGCAGGCCUACAGCUGCCGUUCCCACCUCAGAUCGCACGUGAGAACCCACAAUGGAGAGAGACCCUAUGCGUGUAAAUUAUGUGGAAAGACUUUUCCUCGUACUUCUUCUCUCAAUCGGCAUAUAAGGAUUCACACUGCUGAGAAAACCUAUGAAUGUCAGCAGUGUGGGAAAGCCUUCAUUGACUUUUCAAGUCUGACUAGUCAUGUGAGGACUCACACUGGAGAGAAGCCAUAUAAAUGUAAGGAGUGUGGGAAAGCCUUCAGUUACUCCUCAACUUUUCGAAGGCACAUGAUAACGCACACUGGAGAGAAGCCCUAUAAAUGUAAGGAAUGUGGUGAAGCCUUCAGUUAUUCCUCCACUUUUCGAAGACACAUGAUUUCACACACAGGGGAGACACCACACAAAUGUAAGGAGUGUGGUGAAGCCUUCAGUUAUUCCUCAGCUUUUCGAAGGCACAUGAUAGCACACACUGGUGAGAAACCCUAUGAAUGUAAACAGUGUGGGAAAACCUUCAUUUAUCUACAGUCCUUUCGAAGACAUGAAAGGAUUCACACUGGAGAGAAGCCCUACGAAUGCAAACAAUGUGGGAAAACCUUCAUCUAUCCGCAGUCUUUUCGAAGACAUGAAAGGACUCACGGUGGAGAGAAACCUUAUGAGUGCAACCAGUGUGGGAAAGCCUUCAGCCAUCCCUCAUCUUUUAGGGGACAUAUGAGAGUGCACACUGGAGAGAAACCUUAUGAGUGCAGUCAGUGUGGAAAAACUUUCAACUGGCCCAUAUCCUUACGGAAACAUAUGAGGACACACACACGAGAGAAACCCUACGAAUGUAAACAGUGUGGGAAAGCCUUCAAUCUGUCUGCUUGCUUUCGAGAACAUGUGAGAAUGCAUCCUGGAGACAAAUCGUAUGAAUGUAAGCUAUGUGGGAAAGCUUUCUAUUGCCACAUAUCCUUACAAAAACACAUGAGGAGGCACACUGCAGAGAAACUCUAUGAAUGCAAGCAGUGCGGGAAAGCUUUCAGUUGGCCCGAACUUUUGCAGCAGCAUGUAAGAACCCACUCUGCAGAGAAACCCUAUGAAUGUAAGGAAUGUGGGAAAGUCUUCAAAUGGCCGUCAUCUUUACCAAUACAUAUGAGAAUGCACACUGGAGAGAAACCUUAUGAAUGCAAGCAAUGUGGCAAAGCCUUCAGUUGUUCCUCAUCCUUAAGAAGACAUGUGAGGAUACACACUACAGAAAAACACUACAUAUGUAAUGUGGGGAAUUCUGCAGAUGAAUUCAUGCACAGCGCUUCGGAAAAUUCACACCAGGAGAGAAAUCUUAUAAAAGUUAUAGAUAUGGUAUUGCCUUUAUGAGUACUUGAUCAUUAAAAUGGACCCACAGGGAGCAUAUUUCCAGUUCUUUUGCAAAGAAACCUUUAGGUGAAAGAUAACUCUCCAAGUAUUACAACUAUACUACAUAAACUUUGCAGGUAUUAUUUUUUCUUACAUUUCAGUAAAUAAAACUUACCUUUACAGUUUGUUGGACUUAUGGGUGAUUUGAAGUGUAUUUUCAAUAUGUAAACAGUCUUAAUGUCUUAGUUCUUUAAAUUGUUCUUUAAGAAGAGGUUAUUGGAACAAUGAUACUUUGGUAUUGGUUGGGAUUUUCUCCCUGGAUAUCACCCAUAUAUAUUUUCCACUUCUCAUCAAGAGAGUUGUUAUUUAUUUUUGGCCAGAGGAGCCUUAUUCCAUUUUCCUUAUAAGUAGUUGGCAGAAAUGUGUAAUUAUGCAGAGUUCUUCAAAGCGUAUAGUCUCAUGUGAAUUGUUAUUUUCAACUCUUCCCCAUUGCUGUUUGCCCUUGCUUGUGAUUGGGAAUUGAACAGUAGGCUUUUACUUAGGAGAUACUUGUGAUGUGACCCUGAGACAGAGUUUGAGCUAGUUCUCUUGGAUCGUGUUAUGUCAAUAUUGCUAGUGUUGGGAACUACAUUUCCCAGAAUCCCUUCCCUUUAUGAUUCCAUGUUUGAAUUCGCCAGUACCCUAAAUUGGCAUGAGGUUUCGAAGGCAGAACUGAAGAAGCCGUAACUAAGUUUUUGGAACCACAUUAGCAUGUGACAGAUGCAUAGGGGCUUCUUGGACAUGAGCUUUUAGCCUAUUUUUCUGAUUUUCAGCCCUGCCAAUCAAGCGUACCCUCAAAAGAAAUGCCAAAUGAUUGAUUUCCAUUUCUCUUGGAAGCAUAAGUUUCCGCAAAUGCCUCCAUGAGCUCAGUAUCUAGGAUCCACUUGGGUGUCAGGCACUGACAAUUUGGAUUUUUCUACAAACCCUAACGUGUCCUGCAGACCACUAAUUCAGACUCCCGGUCAGUGAUCUCUGAUGCUAUGUUUCCCCUCUUCUCUAGAUGUUAAGGUCUCUUACAAGGACUAAUUUGUAUAGUGAACACUUUGUUCUCAAUACUUCUAAUGGCUCUGAUCCUGAUUCCACCACAAAAGCUACAGUGUUGCAGCAAAACAAACCACCCCAUGGACCUUUGCUGAUCCACUGCAUUUUGAAGUCUGCUGACCUAGGCUUUCUAUGUGAGAACAAACACCUUCCUCAAAUAUUAGACUUUGGGAGAUUUCUGUUACUCAGAGCUGAAUGCCCUUUCUUGAUAAGGGUAUAAUUAUUAUGUUUGAUUAUGUGUCAGUAAAAACUCCGUGCAUUUUAUUUUCAAAGAAAAUCACCUGUAGACAUUUCUUAGAGAUAUCUCAUUGACCGUUUUUAAAUCACUUGUAUAGUAUUAGUUUUCUAGGACUGCUGUAACAAAGUACCACAACUGGGUGACGUAGGACAACAGAAGUUUUUGUCUCACAAAUUGCAGUCCAAAAUGAAGGUAUCGGCUGGACCACGCUUCCUCUGAAAGUGCGAGGGAAGGGUCUGUGCCUGCCUUCUCCUAGCUUCUGGUAGUUGGUUGGCUGGUGGCAAGCAUAACUGUCAUCUUCACAUGACCUUCUCCCUGGGUGCAUGUCUGUCCUUCAUAUGGCAUUCUUUUUAUAAGGACAUCACACAUACUAGGUCAGGGCCUCAUCUUAACUAAUUACAUCUGCAACAACCCUAUUUCCAAAUAAGGUCACAUUCUGAGGUGCUGGGGUUAGAACUUCAGUGUGACAUAAUUCAAUCCGUAACACUAGCAAAUGUUAUUCUCUUUUUCAUUUGCGAGAAUAUAUUAAAGUAUUCCAUUGCAGUUAUGGACUUCAAAUCAACUGUACUUUUAGCAUUAUACAUUCUGAAUCAAUAUUACCUGGUGUACACAAGGUAUUUUUCUGCAUGUAAAUUUUGUUUUAUUACCUGAACAUUUGUUAUUAAAUGGAUUGCUUAUUCAUUGUUAAUAAUAAAAGCUUAAAUAACG